CAGGCAGGCUGAGCAGCAACACAUUACAAGGGGCAGGGAAAGACAAACACAGUUGCACUGGAAUGAGCUGUUACAGGGAUCCCCUACGUGCCUUCCUAUUUAGGCUCAGGAAGUUGAAAACGUGAGGAGAAGCAACAUCUGUUGGAGAUCAGUCGUGCAGAGGGAGCCGUAAAACGGUGGGAGAGAGACAAUCUCCAGCAGACCUCUGUUCACAGACUCCUGGAUCUGCCUGGAGGAGAACACUCCCAUCACACAUACCCGUCAACGGACCGUGGAAAGCAAGAAGAGACGUGGAUAGAAGUGUGAAAAAGUCAACAGGGGAGGAAGAAGAGGCGGGGGAGACAGACAACAAGAGCAAGCGCACAACUGGAACAAAAAAAAAAAAAACAGGGGGGAGGAGAGGAUGGAAUCCCUCUUUCCUGUACUGCAGAGUCACCCAGGCCCCUCAAUCCUGGUGUGCUCUCUCUUUUUCAGGUUGGCCCAUCGGCUGCUCCAAACUCUGCCUGUGCCCAAGUUGGUGAAACAGGAUGACUUCCGCUCCUGGAAGUGGAGAAACCUCUCCGUCUCCAUGGUUCACUCGCUCCUCACUGGGACAUGGGCCGUGACCUGUGUGGUGGUUUGGCCAGAGACUCUGCACAACAUCCACUCCCACUACACCCCUCUGUCCUACGUGCUCGUCUGCGUCUCGACAGGAUACUUUGUGCAAGAUGCAGGCGACAUUAUCUUGACUGGACAUGCAAAAGGAUCGUGGGAAUUCCUACUUCACCAUGCACUGGUGAUCUGGUGUUUCCUGUACGCCCUCUACACACAGCUUUACGUGGCUGGCGCCGUCAUAGCUCUCUUUGUAGAGGUCAACAGUGUCACGCUGCACCUGAGGCUCAUGCUGAAGCUGGCGGGGGCGCAGUCCUCUGCCGUUUACCAAAUCAACAAACUACUCAACGUCUUCACCUACAUCACGUUCCGCCUGAGCGCCCAGUUCUACCUCACCUGGUACAUUGUGCACAAUUACGCCUCUCUGGACCACGGCGGUUACUUUCUCGUCACCAUGGUGGUGAUGAAUAUCAUGAUCCUGAUUUAUUUCUACCGCCUGCUGCGUGCUGACUUCCUCCCCCGGCGAAAGAGCUGCGUGGGACAGAACGGGACGCACAACAACUCCAGAAAGUUUCUCAGUGAUUGAUCGUGAAAGGUCUGCAUGACAAGGACUGUGGACCAGCACACUUAGUAUGUUUUGUGGGAGGUUUUUUUUUUUUUUUUUUUUUAAUCUUUUGUCCUUUCAAACCAUUACUGUUCAAACACGACACCUUCCCUCAUGGCAGCAGGUUCCCUUGUUGCUGCGUGUCACGCGGCCAAAGAGCAAAAACAUCUGGUUCAAAACAGGUGGAACCGGGUGCGGCCUCGCUCCGGUGCUGCAUUCCAGAGACGCUCAAAAGUCGGAAAUUCCAAAUUCCUACUAGGAAAAAUGCAGCAAAAUAGCUCAUGAAGUCUGAAUUACGUCAAGGAACCUUUAAUUUCCUUUUUUUCCAGGAUGCAGGUAUCUGACCUCAAGUCAAUAAGUCGAUGUAAACACUUGAACAUGUUUAUAGACCUCGAAAUACACUUAAAACCACUUUUUAGCACCACAUGACCAUGAAAUCCAUAGAAACUCCUGUGUGAUAAGUAGUGAAACCUACACAUUUGAAAGCUGCACUUACAGUUGCUAACAUUCUUUGCUCGCUACCCGGCUAACACUGCCACUGACAUCCAGUAAGCCUUUGCAUGAGGAACAGUAUUUUAUUUAAACAUGGGACUCCAUUUUCCUCUCCUGCUCAAAUGUUUUAAGGGAAUGAAGCGAGAAUCUCAGAUAUGUCCUCUUUCUUUAUGACGCCCGCUGCGGCUGAAGAGAUAGUGGGCUGAGGCUUUACUGACAGACAGAGAUCAUUCAGCUAACACACUACGGUGCAGGACAAUUUAACACUUAUAGUUGUCAAAUUACAUUUUGCAGUGAAAUCUGUUUUUAUGUGGCACAUCUUAAAGGUGAGCUGAGCUGGAUCCUGGGAAAAUCUUCAUAAGUAGCACAAUCAAUAUGUUUGAUAUUACAGCAACAUUAGACAGAUUUGAUAUCAAGUAAUAAAAAAAGCCAAUAUGAGAUACCAACAAGUGAUGAAAUAAUUGAAUAAUGGUGCAUUUUAAAAGACAGCGCACCUCAUUUGCUCAGUUGACAAAAUGAUACCACUGUUCCUGAAUGGAUCCCCUUUGUUUGCAAGAUAUUGAAUGAAGACUUAAGGUGAAAGUAUGCUCUGUGUUUUCUGUUUUCUGUUUUUGUUUUUUUCAAAUAUGGAACAAUCACAUUCUGGAAGUAAUCUCUUCAACCGUGCAACUGCACAUUUCUGAUGCAUUUCAAACUAGAAGUGUGCACUCAGUGGAGUGCAGAUCUCCGCCAGGCGUGUCGUCUUUUCCGGGUGACGGGAUGCUCUAUGUGCUGAGCAAAACCCGGGAGAGACUCAGCCGCCUAUUGUUUUGCCAAACGGCCCAGAUUACCAGAUAGAUUACUGCAUGAUUCAAAUAUAAUACAGUAGGGCAUACACUACCUAUGGCUCGCAAGCCAUAUUUUGCCAUUAUGGCUUUUGGCAGAAACUACUUUUUAAAAAGAGUAUGAAUUAAAAUAUCAAAAUUUAAAAUUGCUACUAAGGUCUCUCUCACACACACCACUUAGUGACGGCUACUUUACACAUCAUUUUUCACAGUUGUGAAUCAUCGGGCAAUUUAAUCUAUUUUAAAAACUGGUAGACAGAUUACAUCAGCCUCUGACACUUUUUACAGUGUUUUUCUCCCGCGUGGCUGCUCUGUGUUUAGUGUUUUAUAAAAUCAAAAAAAGGAAAAAUGCAACAGAUGUCCCGUAUUUUUCCACCCAUAAUCAGAGCGAACACGACCGCUAUAGGAUAGAAAAUAUAUAUUAGGCUGAUAGACCUACGCAGAGAGAGAGAGAGAGAGAGAGAGAGAGAGAGAGAGAGAGAGAGACAGCACCAAUAUUUGAGUAAGCUAGACGGUGAGUGAGGAGAGGCAGCAGAAGAAGCGAGAAUGUUUUGAAUCACUGCAACCAGGAGAGCUUCUUCAUCAUUGUCAUAACUGCACACAAAACACUUCAGGCCCAGUAGUUUCCAAGAUUAGCUGCGGACGGACACACACACACACACACACACACACACACAUACGACCAAACACACAAUCUCCUCCAGGCUGCUGCCUGACAGAGAUUAUGAUAGUACAUGUGCUCAGUUGACCAUGAACUUACAGCCUUCAUGUCCUGCUCAUUCCAUAGUGACAGUUAAAGUUAAAAGCCAACAAUUAGUACAUUUCAGUCAGUCUGUUCUUUUUUCUAUUUCAACAACGGCCAAGAAAAUCAAAGCAAGACAUGAACAGACAUGAACAGUGUAAAUGUGCCUGGUAACAUGUCCUGGUGCCUUUUACCACAGUGCCUUUCAAAGUCAGAGCUGAGUGGGGACGGAUGUAAUCAACUGUGCCUUUAUAAGAGACAGACUAAUGCCAAACAAUUUUUUGUUUCGUUUUAAGAGGAAUUAGAUUUACUUGACCAUCACCUCAAAUAAUGUCUGAGAUAUCUUGCAUCUUGAAGUGAAAACUCCUUUUUUCUUUCUUUCUUUUCUCAGAGGCUUUGUAUUUUGGAUUGUUGAGUGACCGUGAAUAAAGAAACAUGAAA